CUGUAAUUUGCGGUUAUUUCGGAGACCCCGGAGGAUUUGGACCGAUUUUUUUCAGUCAGCCUACCAGAUGAGCCAAUCUAAUGGGGAAUGCGAGGAUCUUUUGGUAAUUGGAGCCGGUCUUGGGAGAACCGGAACAAACAGUUUGAAACUCGCCCUUGAACUUCUUUAUGACAAACCGUGUUACCACCUAAAGGACCUGUUUAGCCGUCGGCAUCGAGAUGUCCCUAAAUGGCUGGAUAUGGAGCAACGCUUGAAGCAGUCAAAAGAUUCAAAGUUCGACGUAGCCUUGUGCAAAGACUUUUUCAAAGGUUAUCGGGCAGCGGUUGACCAUCCAGUUUGUGUAUAUUACAAGGAACUCUUGGAAGUUUUCCCAAAUGCAAAAGUUAUCGUAACAGUCCGUGACCCGGAAAUUUGGCUUGCUGGAUGCAGGUCAACUAUUCUACCUCGCGAUCUGCUAGCUAAUCGGCCUUGGUCUUUCUACUUUCUGCGGAGCGUCUUGGGUAUGAAGCCGUUACAUGAGUUGUACUUGAAUAGUUGGCGGCGGGUUUUUGGUGAGAAUAUGGAUUUCAGUGACGAUAAUGCAAUGUUGAAUGGCUUCGUCGCGUGGACUGAACGUGUAAAACGAGAUGUUCCUGCGGACAAACUGUUGGUAUACGAUAUCAGCAAAGGUUGGGAACCACUGUGUCGGUUCUUACAACUCCCAGUCCCCGACAGUCCCUUUCCACACGUCAACGAGUACAGGGAACUGCGUCGGCUUAUCCGUCUAGAGCGAAGAUCCAGCAAGAUUUUGCAGUGGGGUCUACCCGCACUGCUUCUGCUUCUUCUUGCGCUUCUAGUUUAUAACCUCUGGCUCCACUAACGUUACCCAGAUUUGCUGGCUCAAUGUAUUCUUGUUUUGUACCUUCUUUUGUCCACGAUUCGCACCUCUUGUUUUCACUGUUGAUUCUGCCUAUCAUACAUCAUCGUCAAGUGCGGGAUGGUUAAGUUUUGCCCACAAACUCGUCACAUCUGAUCUCCGUACCUUUACUCUGUUUUUCCAACCAGUGUUCAGUGCUUAGAUUCGUUCUUGUACUGGAGUUUGUUUCAUCAACGAAAGAUACUAUUUCUGUGUUGGUGCUUCCUGUUAUUGUUUAAUUACGGGCAUCCGAGUUCGG